AUGUCUCUAGGUUCACCAGUAUUUUCUUCAGAUCCAUCACUUAAGGAAAAUUAUGAUAUAAUUAGUGAGGCAAUUAAUGCCAUUUUAAAUAAGAGGAUGUCAAACUAUUCAUUUCAACAGAUUUAUCAUUCUGUCUUCAAUCUUUGUCAACGUAAAUGUAGUGCUCCCCUCUUUGAUCAUUUACUAGGAAUUCUUUCUGCUCAAGUAGUAAAUAUUCGUGAUCGAUUACUAAGUUGUAAUGAAGAGACAUUUCUACAAAAUCUUAAUAGUGAAUGGAACGCCUUUAGUGGUUCAGUUUUGGGUAUUAGCAGGGUCUUGUUAUACCUUAACAACAACUAUACAAGGAAUGGACAAACUAUUCAACAAAUGGGAGAAAACCUUUUUUCUACAUUUGUACUAAAAAAUCAAAAUAUUUCAGAAGUUUUAAUACAAUGUGUUAGAAAAAGUCUUUCUUCUGAUACCGUUUCUCGAAUGGCACUUAGAGAAAUAAGUAUAAAACUUUGUAAACAUUACCGAGAUACACUUUAUGAACCAUAUAUUGAAGAUCCACUUAUUACUGUUUUAAAAGAAGAAUAUAGAGUUAAAAUGAAUGAAAUGCUUAAUAAAAUGGAUACAAAUCAGUAUCUUAUUUGGGCACUUGAUGUGAUUGAACGAACUAAAUUAGAUGUUUCUGCUUUGGUAGGUGAAGAAACAUGUCAAAGAGUUGAGCAAAAUCUUGGAUUAUUACUAAUAAAAGAAAAUACUGAAAAAUUACUUUAUAGUCUUUCUGGUGGUGGUACUGAAAUGAUUAGAGAUAUGGAUAUAAAAUCAUUAGGACGUUUGGUAAUGGCUCUAGAGAAAGUAAAUGAAACCGAAGCAUGUUUAAGUAUGCUAAUUACUACUGCAAGAAAAAUGGGAGCGGAAUUAUUAAAUGAAAAAGAUCAUGAAUUUCCUGUAGUUGCAGUAGAAAAAGUUUUGACAUUAAGAGAAAAAUUACAAGGAUUAGUUGAAAAUCUUUCUGGAAUUCCUAAAGGAGAUAAAUCACCUGUUGUUCAAGCUAUUACAGAGAUAGUUAAUGAUAAUAGUGAUUUUGCUGAAAAACUUGCUUAUUAUUAUGAUGCAAAGAUUAAAUCACGACCUCCUAGGGAAACUUUAGAAAAAAUUGCAGCAGAUACUUUUAGUUUAUUUCGACUUCUUAGAUCAAAGGAAACUUUUGAGCAUAUUUUUAAAUUACUUUUAGCAACAAGAUUAAUCAAUUCUAAACCAGAUUAUUCUUUUACAGAUGAGUUUUUUUUAAUUGAAAAACUUCGAAAUGAAUGUGGAGAUUCAGUAGUAAAUCAUCUUGAAAUUAUGAUGAAUGAUGGAAAAGUACGAGAAGAAAUUAAUAAAGGAUUUCUUUCUUAUGCUUGUAAAAAGAGAGAAUUACCUUUAGAUUUUAACGUUCUUGUAAUAACUUCUGGAGUUUGGCCAGAAUAUACAAAUUUAUCUAUUGAUCUUCCAUUGAGUAUGCAAUCUUGUAUACAAUUAUUUCGAGCAUAUUACCUUCCACAUUAUAAUGCCAGAAAACUUUUAUUUCAUAAAAACCUUGGGACAGUGUUUUUUACAUUAAAUCAUGGAAAAAAAUAUGAACUUGCUGCCCCAACAGCAUUUGUUAAUACUAUUCUUUGUUUUCAAAACCGUGAAAAAGAGGAACGUCUAACUCUUCAACAAAUUUGUUGUGCCACAAAAUUAGUUGAAAGUGAUGUUUUACCUCAAUUAGAAUCUCUUUGUAGUAUGGGAUUAAUUACUGUUGAACUUAUCAACGGAUCUCCAGUGUACAUUUUUAAUCAAAGUUUUACAAAUCACAAAACCAAACUUCGAAUACGAGCAACAAGUGGAAGUAAAGCCAUAGAAGAUCAUACAGAAGAACGAACUCAUCAUGAAUCUCUAGAGAGUUCACAUUCAUCAAAACUUCAAGCAGUUUUAGUUCAGAUAAUGAAGAAAAACAAGUUUAUUGAGCAUUCUGAAUUAUGUAAUCGUGUUUUUGAGUUCCUACAGGGAAAGGGAUUCGUACCAAGUAUGACUGAUAUUAAAAAGUCUUUAGAAACCCUUAUGAGUAAAGGGUUUAUUUCCAGAGGAAGUCGUCCUGAUACAUAUGUUUAUGAAAGCUAG